AUGGAGUGGCCUCGCCGUGCUCCUUCCAGGAAAUCGGUUUCUUUUCAGCCUCGGGAUGGUGUGGUUCUGGUGAAAUGGAAAGUGUCGUCACCAGGCUGGGUUAAAUUAAAUGUGGAUGGUUCGGCGCUUUCAAACCCUGGCCCGUCUGGUGGGGGCGGAGUAUGUAGGAAUGCCUCCGGCUCCUUUGUUUUUGGGUUUUCUGCAGCCUACGGAGUUGGGUCGAACAAUCUGGCGGAGCUCCGUGCUAUUCAUGAUGGGAUGGUGUUUUGUUUGGAGAAAGGCUUGAUUAGAGUUAUCGUUGAAUCUGAUUCAGAGGUGGUGAUCGCGGCUCUCUCCUCCCCCUCCAAGACUCCAUGGAGGUGGCAACCGUGGCUAGCCAGGAUUUUCUGCCUAUGUAGGCUAGGCCACUUCUCCUUCUCCCACACUCUCAGAGAGGGCAAUGGGCCAGCGGACGCCUUGGCCCGUGUGGGGAGUCUGCACCAGCAAUCUUCCCUUCAUCACGAUUCCAUAUCGCUCCCAUCCCGAAUCCGGGGGAUGAUUUUCUUGGAUAAAGUCGCCAUUGGGGAUUUCAAACCCCGAUAG